ACCCACCGACUCGCUUAUCACAAGGUGUCUUAUGUGCUGUUCUUUCGGAGGGGGAGAUGCAACUGACUACCUCUACACGUGGUCAGUCACGCUUCUUUCUGUUUACAUUUUUAAUAUAAAUCUACUAUCUGUAUCAUCCAUCACAUUUACUCGCGGCUAACAGUGGACGUUUCUUGUUCUAUCAGUGAAGUGAAUUAUUCCAGUGAAUCAGUGUGAUAACGGUUGUGGAAAUGGUUCGUGUGUGCUGCUUGAUUCGAAAUAUGUUUUAAACGAGGAGAUGAUCAAGUUUCCAAACAGUUACCAGACUGAAGGUCCUCCUUGAAUAGUCUUCAUAAUUUUCACAGAUUGCAAGAUCCAGAAUAUAAAAGAAAUGAUUCAAUUCACAAGCAUUCUCCUCUUAGCAGCCAUAAGGGAAGCUUCCCCACAAUUCAGUUCCAGCUGGAGCUUCCGCAAUGGAGGAUUUCCGAAAUUUCCACCGUCCAAGCCAAGUCCGCAAUGGAACUCGCAUUCGCUGCAGUGCGGCACCCGAUCGGUCAGCCAUCAACCCCUCCGCACCGGUGGAGCCACCGCUAAGAUUGUUGGAGGAUCAGCUGCCAACUACGGUGCUUACCCAUGGCAGGUUGAGAUUCAAGCCUACCGACCAGAAAAAAGGAAAUUCGAGCACCAUUGCGGAGGGGCGGUGGUGGGGGAGCGCGUCGUACUGACAGCCGCCCACUGCAUCACCAACCUCGAGCAUGCUGACAAGAUUCGCCUCAUCGUCGGUAAGCACGACCUCAAUCAGAAAGAUCACCAUGAAAGGUCGUUCAAGGCUGAAAAAACUAUCAUCCAUCCACAGUUCAGGAAGAUGGGACCACAUAGCAACGACAUAGCUCUGAUCAAAGUGAAAGCAGUGAAUGACAAUGGAUUCACCUUCAAUUCGCACGUGCAGCCCAUUUGCUUACCAGAAGAAGACUCUCAGAUCGCAGGAGUCGGCGAAUGGUGUACAGUUACCGGGUGGGGCGCUCAGAAACCCGAGGACUUGGAGAGUCUGUCGGGGGUACUAAAGGCAGCGUCUGUGCCUCUGCUGGACCUGUCGACGUGCCGGCAGUCAGGAGUGUACGGCGGCAGAGUGCAGUCCAUAUUGGACAGCAUGCUUUGCGCCGGCCCUCUUGAGGGAGGGGUGGAUGCCUGUGGGGGCGACUCGGGGGGACCUCUCGCUUGUCAAGUUGACGGGCAUUUCAUAUUGACUGGAGUGGUGUCUUGGGGAGAUGGCUGUGCGAAGAAAAAUCGGCCCGGUGUGUACACACGAGUGGCUCACUUCACUCCAUGGAUCCACGAGACUCUCCACAAGUUGGGAGCCUAAACAUAAAACUGAUCAAACUUAUAACAAGUCAACUAAGUUAGAAAUAUCCUAUAGUUACCUAUAUUCUAAGAACUUACAAAUAUUGUUGAUAACUAGAUAUUAGUAAUUUUUACAAGAUAAGAGCAUGAUUUUUGUAUGAAUUCAAUUAUAAUAUAUAGUAUUUUAUCAAGAUGAUUCAGUAUUAACAUCGUGAGUAUUGCUUUAUUGUAUUGAGAAAUUUUAUGGAUUCCAAAAUUGAAAACCAAAGCUACCACGGAAGUUAGCCAAUUCUCAGUGUUUAAGGGAAAUUAAUUUUUAGUAUGCAGAUACUCGGUUUAAACGAAGAAAUGUCAGCUGUUCGUUCAAACCCCGUAUGAAACACAUCAUGAUAAAUGCAACCAUAUCUACAAGUAAACGUGAUUUAGCGUUAAACGUAAUGUUAGCAUAUGGCCCUCAGUCUCAUUUAUACUUCGAAUGAUAGUGAUUCUCAUUGAGGAGACUCAAUAAAUCACAAUAAUGUGUGCUUCCAUAUAAGAUUAAUAUUUUAUCAUCAUUAUUCCUUCAUUUCUAAUAAAAAUUUGUAUUUUUAUUGGAGCCUAUAUUCGGCAACAAGUCAUGAUCUCAUAUAAAUUAAUUUAUUUGUCGUCAUCCAUCAUGUCCCCUUGAAUAAAAAUGUUAAAUAACAAAUAGGUGAAUUUUAGAAUACGAGUACAAGUCAUAUCCUUCUUUCGUGUUCAAUCUCUUGAUCAAUCACAAAUCAAGAUAUAUUAUUAAAAUUUUCUUUCAUCUAGCAGUCUUAUAAUUUGAAAGUAUAUAAUCCUUGAACAAUCAUCGGGUUUUAAUUGUUGUCUUUAGGUAUUACUCUAAAUUGGCCAAGCAUUCAAUUGCGUACGUUUAAAAAUAUUCAUUUUGUAAACUGUAAAGUUUGCAAAGUGCAAGAUAUCUACUCUAAGCUAAAGGUUUUUGAUUCAAAUUGUGAUCGUUUUCGGGUAGAUUUAAAAAAAAA